UCCCUCUGUAAAAAGUCAGUAGGUGGUAGAGCUUGGAUUUGAUUUGACAAUACAACAGCAGAAUCGGAUACAUCAUCGAGCUGUUAUGAGUUUAAAAGGAAAUCAUGUGUAAAAAACUGAGUUCCCCGAGCGGUGAGCAUUCAGUAACGUCAGUGUUUAUUCCCUGCUCCCUUGUGUCUCUUACAGAACCACCUGACACAGGAUGAUGAUACUGAUGAGGUUGAGAUCGCGAUCAACAACAUGGCUUUCAUGGAUGAGUUCUUCUCUGAGAUUGAGGAAACUCGACUCAACAUUGACAAGAUCUCAGAACAUGUGGAGGAGGCAAAGAAACUCUACAGUAUCAUUCUCUCUGCACCCAUUCCGGAGCCAAAAACCAAGGAUGACCUCGAACAGCUCACCAUGGAGAUCAAGAAAAGGGCCAACAAUGUGCGGAACAAACUGAAGAGCAUGGAGAGGCACAUUGAAGAAGACGAGGUCCGGUCGUCAGCUGACCUUCGAAUUCGGAAGUCCCAGCACUCUGUCCUCUCCCGGAAGUUUGUGGAGGUGAUGACCAAAUACAACGAGGCACAGGUGGACUUCCGUGAACGCAGCAAAGGGCGAAUCCAGCGGCAGCUUGAAAUUACUGGCAAAAAGACUACAGAUGAGGAGCUGGAGGAGAUGUUGGAGAGUGGCAAUCCUGCCAUCUUCACUUCCGGGAUCAUCGACUCACAAAUUUCCAAGCAAGCCCUCAGUGAGAUUGAGGGUCGGCACAAGGACAUUGUGAGGCUGGAGAGCAGCAUCAAGGAGCUCCAUGACAUGUUCAUGGACAUCGCCAUGCUGGUGGAGAACCAGGGUGAGAUGUUAGAUAACAUAGAAUUGAAUGUCAUGCACACAGUUGACCAUGUGGAGAAGGCACGAGAAGAAACUAAAAGAGCUGUGAAAUACCAGGGUCAGGCCCGGAAGAACUUGAUUUCACUCCAGCCUGGUGUGGCCACCCUUGUCUUCAGAUGGGAAUGGAAUUUGAUUGGCCUGCCUGAGAGCAAGGGGGACCCAACCCUUUGUUUCCUUGUAACCUUCCUUGGACCUGACUCAGCAGCCCUGGAAGAACCUUAAUCUACCUGAUGGCAACCAUGAGUUCUCCUCAAAACCACGUCUUGCCCCAGCAACUGAAGUGCUUUUCCUCCCAGACUGUCUGAACUAACCCAGCUUGCUCCUUCCCUGUGUCAAGUUGUGCCCUGUACCUUGGGAAGCCCAUGUAAGACUGUCCCAAGGUACUGUAUAUUCUACCUCAUGGAGUAUUCUUCACCCAGAAAUUGCAAUGUACUUUUUUAGGGAAUAUCUUUAACAAAGUAGAGGGUCUCAGAUCGUCUUCAACCUGGCAGGAUGCCAGUUUUCAAACUUGUCCUUAUGUCCUGGAAAUGGGGGACCAGGAGAUGCCAUUUUGGUUUGGAAAGUUGUCUUUGAAAUUAAGCUCUUAAUAAGUUCAGCUUGGGGGCCAAGUUCCCCCUCCUGUGCUGUAUUCUUUCAUGUUUACUCAGAGGGACCAGGAUGAUGUCAUCUGAGGUUAUCUUCUCCAAAGGUUGAGGGGUGGGAUGUUUCCAUAUCUGAGUCUUGGAAACUUAAUGCUGUUAGUGCUUCUUUGUGCAGCUAAAAAUAACCACGGAUUUAAAAUUGGACUGGAGAUAGGUGCUAGAGUCUGAGGUUCUGGAAAUAUUUAAUGAAACUGUGUGAGUACUGAGUCACGUAUGUGUUUCAGGUGUAUUUUUAUAACUGUGAGAUUCAUGUACCUUAUCCGUGUCUUGUCUCUCAGGAAGUAGGAAAGUAGAAGUGGAAAAUACUGUGACUUCAACAAAACCAACCAAACACAAAAGCAACUUUGAGGUAGGCUAAAAAUUAGGUGAGGAACAUUUGCUUUCCUGCAAAUGAGUCAUUAUAGGACAAAGUUCCCAAGCUACCAAGAAGCUUGUUUUCUGGAUGAGUACUGGGACAAUCAAAUGACCUCUUUGGAGCGAGGACCGAGUUGGUCCCAGUACAUUUUUCUGCACAGCAGAUGGAAGGUGUAAUAUCUGGCACCUUUCCGCAGCUGCUGCUUGAGGCUUGUCCCACAGCAAUCUGGCAUUAUUUAUAUGACCUUUGGGAUGUCGUGUCUUUGGGGCUGAGUCAACUGGGACAGACUGGACUCUAGAGUGGCUCUUCCUGCUCUGCGUGAAUGAGAUUUAGAAGUUCUACAUUUCCUCCAGUUUCAUCACAUGGGAAGCCACAGCCAGGAAAUCCUGCAGUUAACUGCUGACCCACUGGUGGGCCCCUCAGGUCCCUGCUGGUCUCACCCAGGCUCCCUGCUCUAGGUACGAGCUGUUUCAGCUCUGAUUUUAAUGGUCUCCAGGACAGGGCAAGUACUGCCCAUGAGCUUCCUUUGCAAAGGUUCCUCAUUCCUGGUACUCAGACAGAACCACAGGUGUGCUCUCCUCCCCACGGUUAUGAUGUCUGACAAGGACCGGCACCAGCAACAAGGAGAGAGACAAACUAAUCCCAGGCCUUGGCUCUCUUCUGAGAUUAGGCCUGGUGCUUAAAGUUCAGAACACAGCAUGUGAAGGGUUUUUCUUCUUUGUAUUUUUUUUUAAUGUAAACUUGAUUAUUUUAUUGCUAAUUUAAAAAUAAAUGACUUUAUAUUGAUUGUGAAAUGGCUCUAGCUCCCUUCCUAACACAUGGUAAUUUGGUACCAUUGUGUGAUUUUUGUUCAGGUUUUGCAAUGGGGUUAAACCCUCACUCAGUGAUGAAGCUCAAAUUCUUGAAAAUGACUUAAUUUCUCAAAUGUGUCUUAACUGUAUUUGAGUUUCAGAGUUGAGGUGCAGCCCCUGAAAGAAUCUGGUUCAUUCACUGAGCCAUGUCUAGCAGAAAUGGGAGACCUGUGAUGUUACCUGCUGGAAGGCAGAACAGCAUCCUCAACACGCAGAGAUCCCUGUUGAUCUAGUUUUCGGAUCGCUCACCUGGAAACACUUCUGUGAAGUCUGGGUUCUGGAAGCCAGAUCCAUCUCCUUUCCUUUUUACUGCUUCCUUCCCCCUCAUACCCUCUCCUGUGUCAGGAAACCCUUUGUCAGAACCAUUUGUCUACAACAAUGUCAUUUCUCGCAAUUUUUCUUUCCUUAUCUGGACCAGCAGAAGAAGAUUAUGAUCAUGAUCUGCUGUGUAAUCUUUGCAAUCAUCUUGGCUUCUACCAUUGGGGGCAUAUUUGCCUAAAAAGGUGAGCCACCUGUGGGUAGGGUCAGGCCUGCUUCCCACUUGACACACGUGGUCAGGGCUUCACUGGUUCCCGUAAUCUGAGUAGGACUGAUUCUCAAACAGGGUUACGGUAGAGAAAACUAAAGCAAUGUUUCAGGGAGAAAAAGUGUAGAAUGAGUUAGAAGCAGAAAGAGGAACAGAAAGGGAGAUAGAAGGCAGCUAUCUGCCUGAAAGAACUGAACUUAGUAGCAGAAAACAGUACUUUGAAAGAGGGUAAAGGUGAAAAAUUCAGGCCUUGGUAUCUGAAAAUGGGAAAAGAGCAAGAAUUAGUUUUUUGUAUUAGGUGGACCCUGAACUAUUUAGAAGAGAGCCACAGUAGAACUGUGUUAAGUAUCUUCCCUUCCAAGGUUAGGAUGUUAGCACAGCCUGAAGAAGAGGGAGGUGGUGAUCCUGUCCAUGAAGCUAAUUUUGCUGAUGACCCCCACCCUAAUGCCCCAUCCUUCUGCCACCACAGAUGGACCCGACUGGCAUUUCUAGUUCUCCUUUCACCUCCAUGGUGCCAUCGCUUCUCUACUGCAAACUUCUCAUCAGCCAUGUCUUCUUCCAUUAGGAAACAUCGUAUGACACUGGACACAAAUUACUUAUGACAAGCUACGCAAAGGGAGAACGGAAUUGACAGGGUGGGAAUGAAGGAAGAGCACAGCAGUGCACAGGUGUUUAGGCUGAGGUUUAAAGGCCAGUUCUGCAGAGCAGAGAGCAAACACACCAGUGUCUAUUUAGGUCACACCUGAACCUUUGAGUGGCUGUGAAGAGUUGGACAUUGAAGCUCACCCAGCCCAGCAGGGUCUUAUAACUGCUGCCAUUAAGAUCAGGACACUUGUUGCUUCUACCAAUCAUACAUCUGAUUCCUUCAUCAGGGACUACACUAGAUCUCAAGAUAGGGCUUAUUCAAGGAUGGGCAUCAUGCCUGAUGUCUUGCUCACCAUGUCCCCCUGCUUGGCAUAGUGCCUGUCACUCACAGGUGCUCAAAUAUUUGUGGACUGGAUUACCUAUAAUCAGGAUUGUGAGUUCAUUCAUGGAUGAGUCCCUGGGUUUCACUUUUAUCUAUGAGACAUCAAUGGGAACAGGGUGUGUUGCUAUCAGAGGCUGUGUAAAGCUGUCUGGCCAUGGGCUGAUUCAUUUAUGUAAAAAUAUUACAAAAGGUGUCCCCAAUCACAACAGAUGCUAUAAAGUGUGGUCUCUGGGCAGUAGUGGUGGAGUCCUAUUAGUACCUUCCAUCCCACAGACAAGAUCAUCACAGGAGGGUGGCUCAGUAACCAAAUCCAGACGGCCAGCAAAUGAAGUUCUAGGCUGAACUCCCAACAAUCAACAGUACCAUUCUAAUCCACAAGGAGAUAUUACCACCCCCACCUUUAAAGGCUAGUAUCUCCUUUAUUAAAAAAAUAAACAUAUUUAACACCUUUUGAGUCAACAUAUUUCAAAUCACAUUAAGCAGAAAGGAAAUAGUCCCUUUGGGAACUGUGAACAAGUGUAGGAAAGCACGUUCCUGACAAUGGGGAUGAGGUGUUUCUAGCUGCUGAAUCACCAGGUGGAGCCACACACCAACUUAGAGAAAAACACACAGGCAGCUUUGAAGCCUGAAAGGCACGAGGCGGACCACAAGGUGUAUGGCCCAUUCACUGAUAAAAGAUGGAGAAACUGAUAAAAGUGGAGAGAUUUUAAUCUAGUCAGACCAGAGAAGACAGGAGUGCUCUGCUCAGCAUCAUAAACACCUUUGCAUAUGAGAGCUAUUCUUUGCUUCCCCUUCCCUGCCCAUGGAGUCCAUCGUGCGGUGCUCACUUGGUGACAGUGGGGUGUGCUAACACACACUGACACAGUGAUGGGGAAUACUACCAGGGCCGGUGUGGCAGCACCACCUGGAGAUACACUACUAGGCCAGAUGCAUGGGCAGCUUCCCCUCCUCUUUUCUCCAAUCUUUCUUUUGAGCUGCUGCGUAUUUCCUAGUGGAUGCCAAGGAUGUGUCCAGUCAGAGCUUGCCAAGUCAAGAGCUCCUCCAAUUAAGGCAGAGAAUUCCUUUUCUUCAGAUUCAAGAACUGCUGUCUUCCAUAACUUCUGCAAAUUGAUUUCCUGCCUCAGGGCUGUUUACCUGCCUCUCAUUUCCACAAAUGGCCAAAGCUGUCUUGAGCACAAAAGCAUUCAGAACACUGCCCCCAAGAUCCAGUGUGUGCAGCUGUAAAACCAGCUAUGUGUACAUUAGUCUCAAUAGUUUUCUUAGUGAUUGUACUGCAAGAGGGUCACUAAAAAUACAUCAAUAAAUUGCAGAGUACAGUGCUUGAGUACCAUCCAAUGUUUUAAAUUUGUAGUUUUAAACUAAAUUGUGUGUGUGAUACUAAGGAUUGAACCCAGGGGUGCUUUAGUGCUAGGCUUCAUUUCUCAGCCCUUUAUCUUGAGGUAGGCUCUAAAUUGGCCUUGAA